AUGGGUCUUGGCGAAGUGAGUCCUAAUGAUAUUCGUGAUCCGGCUUCGAAUGUGUUACUAGAAUAUGCUAAAAAUCAUCAAGAUAACAAUGACAGUAUCACGACCGAUGGUGGUAAUCCUGUAGGCAUCCAUACAGCGAGUCUCACUGUUGGCUACCACGGUCCAACCCUUUUAGAAGACACAGUACUCAUCGACGAACUCACUCAUUUCAGCAGAGAAAGAAUCCCAGAAAGGGUAGUUCAUGCUAAAGGUGGUGCCGCUUUCGGUUACUUCGAAGUAACUCACGAUAUCACUCAGUACAGUGCCGCCAGUUUAUUUGGGGAGAUUGGCAAGAAAACACCAAUAGCUGUCAGAUUUUCCCAAGUCGCAGGAGAACGUGGCUAUGCGGACACUUACAGAGAUCUUCGUGGAUUUGCCAUAAAAUUCUACACUGAAGAUGGAAUUUGGGAUUUGGUUGGCAAUAACAGCCCAAUUUUUUUCGUUAAUGAUUCCAUCAACUUUCCAAUGUUUAUUCAUUCUUUGAAAAGGAAUCCAGUCACUAAUAUUCGUCCAGACUAUGACGCCUUGUUCGAUUUUCUGUCCCUAAGACCAGAAAGCACCCAUCAAACUUUGCAACUGUUUACUGACAGAGGAAUUCCAGCAAGCUACCGAAAAAUGCACGGUUAUGGUGCCAACACUUUUUCUUUAAUCAAUGCCGAAGGCAAAUUGGUUUAUUGCAAGUUCCAUUUUAGGAGUGAUCAACCCAUUGAAAAUCUGAGUCAAGAAGAAGCUGAUAGAUUAGCAGGUGUUCAACCAGACUAUUACCUUAGAGAUUUAUACAAUGCCAUAAGAACUGGUGAUUAUCCAUCUUGGUCAUUCUACAUUCAAGUGAUGACUCCAGAACAAGCUGCGAAAAAUCCCUACGACCCUUUCGACAACUCUAAAGUAUGGCUACAUGGAGACUAUCCUUUAAUUCCAGUAGGGCGAUUCGUACUCAACAAAAACCCUACGAAUUAUUUCGCCGAAGUUGAGCAAUUAGCUUUUGAUGUGUCUCACGUUAUACCUGGAAUUGAUUUUUCGCCCGAUAGAAUGCUUCAGGGGAGGAUAUUUAACUAUGGCGACACUCAUCGGUAUAGAUUGGGAGUAAAUGUCAAUCAGUUGCCAGUAAAUGCUCCUUUUCAGAUACAUAACUACAAUAGAGAUGGUCGCUCUACAAUUGUAAGUCAAGGUGGUGCUCCAAAUUAUUAUCCAAACAGCUUCGAAGGACCCAAAGCUGAUAAAAGAGCUAGGGCUCUAUUUCCAAAAGUACCCAUAAGCGGAUUGACUGAUCGUGUUGAAAAUGGAUUAAUUGAUAAUUAUACACAGGCUCGACUUUUAUGGACAAGAGUUAUAAAAGAAGAUGAAAGGAACAGGACCAUAGAAAAUAUACUGAAUUGGCUGAGGCAAACGAACAGCGUUAUUGCAGAAAGGACGAUUGAGAAUUUAUUUGAAAAAGUUGACGCAGAGCUUGGAGCUAGGCUUAGGGCAGGACUCAAGGCUCAAGAAACAUUAACCACGCAUAUUUUACUGAAGAAAUAGGUUUUUCUUUUUCUGGCAAGGACUAUGAUCUAAAAUAUUGACCUAUACAUGUAUCUGGAUAUAAUCAAAUAAAUAAAAUUAUAAUGUACAUCUCAAAAA